AUGGCAGCAUCUGAGAAACGACAAUGGGUAGCAGAGAAAAGCAAGGGCAAGCGGCUAUUCGCCCCUGAGCUCGGCGGUUCAUACGAGGUGUUUAACAAGAGACCGCUACAAGAGGAGAUGGCAUUGUACUGUACGCAAGAUGUGAAGUUGAUGCCAAAGCUGUGGCAACUUUACUCCAGCAGGAUUUUGCAGUCUUGGGCAAAGAGGGUGGAAAUUGCUACGAAGGACAGAAUUGCUAUGUCGCAAACAUCGGGGUACGAUGGCAAAGGGAUGAACAGGCAUUUAGGGCCAUGGUUUAACCAACUAUCUGUCAAUAUUAAUGCAAAGAUUUCGAGCCUAGCUGACGAAUGGAAUGCAAAUUUGAAUCAUAAAGAGGUUGUGUUCAUCCCUACGGACGAAUCCGUCUUUCCUGGACACCGAUACUGCGACCAGGGCAAGACCGCUAUGCCUAUUGGCACGAUUGAGACUAUUAUCCAGAGGAUACGCAAGCUUGUGUGUGGCAGAGCGGACGGGAUGCCCAAUUCUCUUGAGUCUAUGGUCGUAUGUGACAGUGAUCCAUCUGCCGGGGACUAA